AUGGUUGAUCAUCGGACUGGCAACCGUAGGAAUUCUUAUGGAAGAGGGAGAGGAGACCAGAACGGUGCUGGUCACAACAACUAUAACUCAUACAACGGUGGUGGUCAUGGCAACUUAGGCUCAUACAGUGGCGGAUGUGCAAACAAUAGAGGCCAUGGGUAUAAUGGAGGCCACGGUAAUAUUUCUAACUAUAAAAUGCUUGCAGCUGUUACUUACCAAUACUGUGGUCGCAAAGGUCACAACGCUCGUCAGUGUUAUGAUAUUCCAAAAGCUUUUAUGGCUAUGGCUCUCAAUACAGAAUCAACUAAUAGUGUUGCUUCAUCGUCAGCUUCCUCUCCUAAUGUGAUGGACAACAGUCAAGAGUGGUGUCCGGAUACGGGGCAUCCCAUCAUAUGA